GCCACCCUCGUCUCCCGGGCCACCGUAUGCAAUGGACACGACUCCCUCUGCUCCCGCAAAUACUCCAAUGUGACCUACAUCGGUACACACAACUCCUAUGCCAUUGCCAGUGGCACCUCCAAUGUUGCUGCCAAUCAACAAGUCUCCAUCACGACACAGCUCAACAGUGGAGUCCGUAUGCUCCAAUCCCAGGCUCACAACUCCACCAAUGCCACGAUCACCGGUGCGGGCAUUGACCUUUGCCACACUUCCUGCGACCUUUUCCAAGGGGGAGCUAUUGAGUACUGGCUUACCCAGAUCAAGACUUGGGUAGACGCAAAUCCAAAUGAUGUCCUCUCGCUCCUCAUUGUCAAUUCAGACGAUCUUCCGCCCACACGCUUCGCAGAGGCUUUUGAGUCUACUGGACUAGUCUCGAAGAUGUAUGCUCCCACUUCCAGCAGCCUGUCUAGGAGCAGCUGGCCUACGCUAGGCGAUCUCAUCGAUGCAGGUACCACUGUCAUAGCCUACAUGGACAAUUCGGCCAACGUGUCCUCCGUGCCGUACCUGCUUCCCGAAUUCAGCGCCAUGUGGGAGAAUCCUUACGAUCAGCUCUCCACCCCCUUCAACUGCUCCGUCGACCGUAUCGGCUCAGGACUAAAAUCCAACAAUCUGAUGUACCUAGCAAACAGUUUCCUCGAUGAAGGAGUCGCCUCUAUCCUCGUCACACCCGAUACCGACGCCCUCUACACUACCAAUUCCGAAUCCUCCGUCUUGUCAGAAGCAAACAAUUGUGCUUCGGAGCACACCUACUAUCCAAACUUUGUGCUGGUGGACUACUACAAUAUUCCCGAGAAUGACGUAUUUGCGGCUGCAGCGCAGAUGAAUGGGGUCAACUUCACCAACACGACGACAUCCAGCACUUCUGGCUCAAGUGGCUCGAGCAGCAGCGGCAGCAGC